AUGACAACCCGCCACCUCUACCGCGCCCUCCUCCGCGAACUCCCCCCCCGCCCCCUCCUCACAACCCCCCGCGCCCCCCUCCACCAACGCCUCCGCGAGACCUUCCAGUCCCCCCAGUCAAGCCCCCAAUCCAGAGGAGAGUCAGAAACACAAGAAACACAAGCAGCAACAAGGGAGAGUUUGAUAGCCCAAAGCAAAGAAUACCUCGCCUAUCUGCGCGCGCAGCGGACCUAUGUGACGCUGCUGGAAAGGUAUAACCCCGGCAUGGGCAUGGAUGAGGAGGAGAGGGUGAGGUUGACGGCGAGACGGGUGGGGAUGGAUCUGCCGGUUGAGUAUGAGGUGGAGGAUACUGAUGCUGGGGAGGGAGAGGGGAAUGGGGAGGGGAAAUUGUGA